AUGCAAGUUGGACUUAAGCUCUGGAGGACAAGUUGUACCAGCAUUCGAAAAUCAGUCCCUGUGUUUUCCCACCUCAAACACGAGCUGUCCAGCUCAGUCAGGACUAAAGGUGAAAUGCAAUGUGUGCUGCAGUUUCCACAUGACAGAGGUUUCUUCAGUUAUUGGCGUGGCAAUUUGGCUAAUGUUAUCCGGUAUUUUCCAACACAAGCCCUAAACUUUGCUUUUAAGGACAAGUACAAACAACUAUUCAUGUCUGGAGUUAACAAAGAAAAACAGUUCUGGAGGUGGUUCUUGGCAAACCUGGCUUCCGGUGGUGCAGCUGGGGCAACGUCCCUGUGUGUAGUGUAUCCUCUAGAUUUUGCUCGAACCCGACUGGGUGUCGAUAUUGGGAAAGGUCCUGAAGAGCGACAAUUCAAGGGCUUAGGCGAUUGUAUUAUGAAGAUAGCAAAAUCAGAUGGAAUUAUCGGCUUAUACCAAGGGUUUGGUGUUUCCGUUCAGGGCAUCAUUGUGUACCGAGCCUCUUAUUUCGGAGCUUAUGACACAGUUAAGGGCUUAUUACCAAAACCAAAGGAAACCCCGUUUCUUGUCUCUUUUUUCAUUGCUCAAGUUGUGACCACGUGCUCUGGGAUACUUUCUUAUCCCUUUGACACAGUCAGAAGACGUAUGAUGAUGCAGAGUGGUGAGGCUGAACGGCAAUAUAAAGGAACUCUGGACUGCUUUGCGAAGAUCUACCAACAAGAGGGCAUCAACGCAUUUUUCCGUGGCGCCUUCUCCAACAUCCUUCGUGGUACUGGGGGUGCUCUGGUGUUGGUGUUAUACGAUAAAAUUAAAGAAUUCCUUGGCUUUGAUGCUAAAGGUAGCUCAUAGGUUAAAUUGAGAAACGUGUAUUUACCCUGUUACACAUACAAAGUACAGAGCUGCCAUUUGUAUACAUUUUUGAAAGUGUUAUUACUGUCUGCAUUUUGUCAAAUUGCUAAUUCUGCAAUAAAGCACAGGCUUUUUUUCAAGGCUUCCAAUACUAAAAAUCAGAUAAAUACAAAUUUUCUUCCUACUAAGCCUCAAACUCAUUUAAUGAGACAUUUAUUAUAAGUAAUAUACUUUUUUCUAUUUGCUUAAACUUCUUUUAUGAGUAAUUAAAAUGUAUAAUGUUGAAUCUAAGAACUGAAAGUAUUUUCUUUUAAGUUGCUGUUCAUCUUAUAUACCUGUUUUCUCAUCUUUUAAAAUCAUAUGGUAUGACAGUUAUUUCUUGAAAGCUUUAUCAAGUGGUGUCAUCGUGAUGUCUACAGGCAUCAUCUUCUCUAUAACGACCUUCUGCGACAGCUCAGGAAUAAUAUUUGCAGUAGCAUACAGCUGUUGGUAGGCACAGCUUAUUUAUCUGAUCACUAAAAAUUUGAUAAUGACUUUAAUGAGAACAAUUGGAAAAUGAAGAUAUAAAAUGGCUUAUCUGCUAAUCUUUAAGUAAAAUCUCGGUAGUGUGAAUAUCUGUUGGAACCAAAAAUACUCCUUGAAAAUUUGUUUGGGUAUUCUGUAUUGAUAAUAAAGGAAGUUUAAAACUAUUA